ACUUGUAACCAAACUUUUUAGUUCGCAUUAUUUUUAUUUAAAAGGUAACAAAAUGUUAUAGAGUAAUAAGACAGCCUAAUUUUGUUUUGAGGAGUGUUGUGAACUGACUCGCUGAGGUUUCCACAAGGGUCGCGCGCUCUGUUAUUGUUAUUAUAAAAGCACAUCUGUGAACCAAGCCCCAGCGCAGCGUCAACACUCAUCGUUUUGUGUUAAACACCUCAAUCGAAAGCUCGGGUAAAGAUGAGACCUGGUCCUGAGGGAGAAAAGAAAACAUAAUCCGUUCAGCUAAUUUUGGUGGCCAUCCCUCCCUCUCCUCCGCGCGCCUGUCGUGCUCUCACUUUCAUCAACAGCGCACUCCGGGCAGCACGUGCCGGUUACGCGCUCUCUCCGUACACUCCGCUCAGCGCCUUGGACUCCACAAUAUGUCACGGACUUUUGGGACAGUCUUGAAAUGACCGAACUACAGGCACGACUUUGAAUUCAUCUCUAAAGGACCCGCUGCGCUCCUCCCCAAAGAGACGGAAUGAGCGUCGCGCUCCGGAGGGGCAAAACUGGGCAUGUCGUUUACUUCUAAACAUUUCAGCCGUGUGCUUCGGCGGUUAUUGUCAGGAAAACUUGAGUUAUGGGACUUUUUGGGGUGUGUUUAAAAACUUUUGAGUAAAUCAUCGCGCACGUUAGUGUCUCACAAUGAAGUGCUCAUUGUCCAGUUACGAUUUAAGAUGAAAUUGUGUUGUAAUAUGCGGAGUCAGGACUGUAGUGGAUGUAGCGACCUUAAAUUAACCGUAAUAACACGUGCACGCGCUUUAUGAGAAAUACUUCACUUGCAGGUUGUCUUGUAAAGGGAUUGAAUGUUUGAUUACUAAUUGAGUUAAUGUUGACUUUUAGUAUUUUGCUAAUUACAUCAACCAUGUUCAGAAAAUCAGAUAGAAUCAGACAGAUACUUCAUUCAGUAUUUACAGUUUUCAUUACUUAAUUAGUUAUUGGUUGUUUAAUAUCGGUCUACCGAUAAAAUUCAUAUAGCAUCCAGCAGCAUUACCAGCAUCAGGAAACACAUCCACAGGUAAACCAGCUUUUAACUUUGUGUGUUAUAGAUAUAGAUUGUAGAACUAAAAAUUUAGCUUAUUAUUAAUGAUCAUAGUACAGAUGAAUGCAUUAAUAUUUAUCGCAGUUUAUGAAUAUUUAUUAAAGCAUGAUCAUUAUUAUUUAACUAAAUCUGUAUUAGAUUUCAAAUCAGUUCAGUAUAUCAGACGCUUAAUACAAUUAAUAGUUAUCGGUCGAAACAAAUAUAUGGUGCACUAGUUUGCGUGUGUAAACACAAUAAUGCUGGGUAGUCCUUCCAAUAACGGAGGCAUCAGGAUGCUGGCCCCCCCAUCAGCCAAUGAUGACAGACGGGUUGAGUUUGUGGCUCUGACUGCUGUUCACACUGAAAGAAGCGAGCCGUCCACUCCAGAGCGGGGACAUCCAUCCCAUCGCACCGGCUUACUGGGCACCCCACUCCCGGUGCCCCCAGGCCCCAGAGCGACCCCUUCUGCCUCCAGCAAACGCUACAGAAAGUUGCAGAACUGCCUGUACAAUGUGCUGGAGAGACCCAGAGGAUGGGCUUUCAUCUAUCACGCCUUCAUUUUUCUCCUAGUGUUCAGCUGUCUGGUGCUUUCUGUUUUCUCCACCAUUCCAGACCAUCAUAAAUUUGCCAACGAGGCGCUCUUCAUCCUGGAGUUUGUGAUGAUCGUGGUUUUUGGGCUGGAAUAUUUUGUGAGGAUCUGGGCUGCCGGAUGCUGCUGUCGGUACAGAGGAUGGCAGGGUCGACUACGCUUUGCCAGAAAGCCUUUCUGUGUCAUAGGUAAAGUUCUGGGGUCUGAAAUCAAUUCAUCAUACACAUUCAAUCUAAAGGAGGUGCAGUCCAUCGAAAACAAGCUGGACCUGCUACUAAACUUCUACUCGCAGUGCCUGAAAAAGGGCUCGUCCCACUUCACCCUGUCAUCCCUCCUGGAGCCCGAUUCCACCUCUGACUACCACAGUCCCACCGACAAACAUGACCUGUUCCCCUCCGCAAACACUCUUAAUAUCUCCCACUCAGACAGCGGUAACAUGGAGUGA